ACUAACACCGUAGUCCCAGUCUCUACCACGGCUGUACCUGCCAUACCUUCAUGUCCCUCUAUACUCCCCCCUCCAGCACCUGGCACAGCCAUCACACCUUUCGAGUCACCAGCACACUCCGUCCCAGAUUCUAUCAGGAAAGAUAUCCUUGACGGAAAGGAUGUGUGUCUGGUGUCUUUACUCAUAGCCUCUCAGGAUGUACUCGAGAACAAGGCAUACAAUUAUGGUGACAUCUCUGUUGUGCUUAAAACAAGGGAUCCCAGGCUUAAUAAAAAAUUGUCUAUCCCACAGUUUGUGAUAGCUUUCGGGAUAUACCGCGACGUCAUUUGCACGGUGUAUCCCCAUAGGAGAGAAGAGCUAGAUCUCUAUCUCCACAAGGUAGUGCAUCUAGGCAUCAAGUACGGGGGCUCUUCCUUCUAUGACUACCACAAGUCAGUCUCAGCGAAGGCGGCGACCCAUCUCAAGCAGUUCAACAUUAGAAUGAACUGGGGUCAGAUGGACACUGAACUUUUCUGUCGCCACUUCGCUGGACUCAGGCCCCCAGCUUGUGCCAUCUGUAAUUCUACAUCCCACAUGGCGGACUUAUGUCCCGUCGAACCAGAUCCCACCACCUCCACUCUCACCCCUCACCCCACGUUCACACCUCACUCCUCUUUCACCCCUCACAACAAGCCAGCGGGUGGUCUCCGGGAUAAGCUGGGUAGGCCCAUCUCCUUUUUAGGUAAAGCACAGGUGUGCAAUAAUUUCAACGCAGGCUCCUGCAGUUUCAGCGCCUGUAGAUUAUUGCACAUCUGCUCCAUAUGUUUCAGGGCACAUACCAAGACCAUGUGUCCAGCCAGGUUGUCACCAAACAAAUGACUAACCGACAUAAAUAUCGACAACCUGGUUUUUAUCUAAGGUCUCACCCCAGCAGGCACUUAGUGGAUUUUCUCACCACAGGUUUCUCACAAGGGUUUCACACAGGCAUAAUAGCCAUUCCCCCAGGUACACUAGAAUGUCCUAAUCUCCAGUCUGCACGUUUAGACCCAGUCGCUGUAGACACUCUCAUUUCCGCAGAAACCACAAAUGGUUUCAUGAUCGGUCCUUUCACCUCUUCACCGUUUUCCUCCUGGCGCACUAACCCUAUUGGUAUUGCUAUUCACAAAUAUUCUAAUAAAAACGUCUCAUUAUCGAUUUAUCGGCACCGCACUCCUCUUUUGUUCCAAGCAUAAACGCACUCAUUCCAGCAGACGAAUUCUCUCUGCAGUACGUCACCAUCGACGACGCCAUACAGUCCAUCAUGACAUCUGGUAAUCGACCCUGGCUCAGCAAAACAGACAUCACUAACGCUUUUAAAUUACUGCCCAUACACCCCUCACUCUGGCACUUACACGGUGUUAAAUGGCGAGGGUAUUAUUACUUCUCAACACGACUCACUUUUGGUUCGCGAAGCAGCCCCAAACUUUUCGACAUUUUCGCAGAGUCACUAUGCUGGCUGCUUCUGAACGUCAUCAGGUGUCACUCCGUUAUUCACUAUCUAGAUGACUUUCUACUGAUAGAGCCAGGGUCAUCAACACCCACAGCAAUCAAUAGUACUACCGCACUUUUUUCCACACUUGGAGUCCCUUUGUCCCCAGCCAAAACUAUAGGACCCACAACAAAGUUGACCUUUUUAGGCAUAGAGCUCGAUUCUGUCAAACUCAGAGCUAGCCUUCCACACGACAAACUUUCACGAUUGAGAGGGGAGAUAGACACCUUCCUGCGGAGUGACGUUUGCACCAGGAGAGAACUUCAGUCCCUUCUUGGAUCUCUGAACUUCGCCAUGCGCAUCAUUCCUCAGGGAAGGUCUUUUAUUUCCAGACUUCUUUGCCUGCUCCAUGGAGUCCCGGACUCCGGCACAGUUUCUUUGGACCCCCACGCCAAGGCUGACUUGGCUAUGUGGGGGAAGUUUUUGAAAGACUGGAAUGGUAUCUCCAUGUUUAUCCCCCCUCUCUCCACCUCUUCACCCAUCAUCCACACGGACGCAGCAGCCAACACCGGUUUCGCAGCCAUUUUCGGGAACCACUGGUUUAGGGGCCACUGGCCCACUGAGACGGAUGCCUUGCCAGGAUUCAGGGAGACCUCAACCCUAUUUGAAAUUUACCCCAUUGUGGCGGCCGCACACACCUGGGGUCAUCUCUGGUCCGGCAAGGCAGUAAAAUGCUACUCAGAUAACUCGGCAGCUUGCGAUAUCAUUAACAAAGGGCGCUCAUCAUCCCUGACCAUCAUGCGGCUGAUUCGCAAGUUGACCUGGCUGGCAGCAUCCAAUCAGUUUCACUUAGUAUGUUCUCACAUCCCGGGUAUUCACAACACCGCCGCUGACGCUCUUUCUCGUUCUCGAUUCCAGGCAUUUUCUCAGGCACUCCCAGCAGCUCACCAACAGCCAUCCAGGACACCACGGUUUCACGAACUAAUAUUGGAUUAAGCACACUCUUGCUUCACGCUAGAUCACUCACUCACCAAGCAUUAUCACCCAACACUGCUAUCACUUACAAUAGGGCACUUAACAUAUUUAACAAAUUCACUGCAGAAUUCGGGCUACAAGGUGACUUUUCUAUCCAAACCAUGGUGUCUUUUGCCUCUUUUUGCCACCUACACCUUAAUCUGUCACACAACACCAUUAAACUUUACCUCACCGGGGUUCAGCACCACAGCCUCACCAAUUUUCCUAACAGCACCCCCUUUUUGUCUUCAUACCCCAUAAAAAAGGUCUUGAAAGGUAUAUCAAAGGUGUCACCACCACUCGCAAGCACUAGAUUCUCUUAGCAAUCUCCUUGACACAGCCCCAUUUGUUAGCUACACCAAUACGGUGAUAAAAUCUGCCAUAUAUCUCGCUUUCUACGGUUUUCUCAGACUUGGAGAGUUCACAGUGAUUUGUCAAGGAGAUAUCGCACGAUGCCUUAAAACUUCACACCUCACCAAGGUAGGGGAUCACUACCUCCUUUCUAUCCCUACCACUAAAACCAACCGGUCAAUACAUCCUACAAUAAUUCCUCUCUUCCCUACUGAUAAUGCCUAGUGUCCGGUGAAAGUUCUCGACCAACUACGGUCAACUCUUCGCACUCACCUGCCAGACUCUCCGCUCUUAACAUUACAAGGGCACCCGCUUACCACGGCAAAAUUGAUGUCACAUGUCAGAACCCUGUUAUCUAAGCUCAGACACAACCCGGCUGCAUUCUCCGGGCACUCCUUCCGCAUAGGAGCCGCCUCAGCAGCCUCAAGCACAAACGCACCGGUCCACAUCAUCAAAAGGCUCGGGCGAUGGAAAUCCUCCAUAUAUAACGCAUAUAUUCCGCAACCAGAGAAAGAGCUUCGCCAAGCUUUCAGAAACUUGGUCUUGUAAAAUGCAAUAAAGUGUGUAUUUUCUCGAAUUUAUCUUUUGCCCUCUUUUAUUUACAGGCCCACUCGUACGUUGGUUUCGGCACACCACAACCAACUUUGCUCACAGUUACUAUCCAUCACGUAUUUAAAUUCCGAGCACAAGUAGAAAGGCCAUUAGGCCUGAAUUUGUGGGAGGAGUAAGUCCCCUACUUAAGCUCCCAGCCCCUACUCACCGCUGCCGCUCAGCUGAUUGUCCCCACCCACCUACACCCUGUUUUAACUACAUUAUCCUUGGUGGGCCCUCUUUUAUUUACAGGCCCACUCGUACGUUGGUUUCGGCACACCACAACCAACUUUGCUCACAGUUACUAUCCAUCACGUAUUUAAAUUCCGAGCACAAGUAGAAAGGCCAUUAGGCCUGAAUUUGUGGGAGGAGUAAGUCCCCUACUUAAGCUCCCAGCCCCUACUCACCGCUGCCGCUCAGCUGAUUGUCCCCACCCACCUACACCCUGUUUUAACUACAUUAUCCUUGGUGGGCCCUCUUUUAUUUACAGGCCCACUCGUACGUUGGUUUCGGCACACCACAACCAACUUUGCUCACAGUUACUAUCCAUCACGUAUUUAAAUUCCGAGCACAAGUAGAAAGGCCAUUAGGCCUGAAUUUGUGGGAGGAGUAAGUCCCCUACUUAAGCUCCCAGCCCCUACUCACCGCUGCCGCUCAGCUGAUUGUCCCCACCCACCUACACCCUGUUUUAACUACAUUAUCCUUGGUGGGCCCUCUUUUAUUUACAGGCCCACUCGUACGUUGGUUUCGGCACACCACAACCAACUUUGCUCACAGUUACUAUCCAUCACGUAUUUAAAUUCCGAGCACAAAUAUAAAUAUAAAUAUAUAUAUAUAUAUAUAUAUAUAUAUAUAUAUAUAUAUAUAUAUAUAUAUAUAUAUAUAUAUAUAUAUAUAUAAUUUAACUUCUUUAAUUUUGCGUUGCUUUGGUUCUUUACAAGCAUGGGGCCAAUCUCUGCCUCUGCCCCAGACCUGUGCUUCCGGUUGCCCCCCCCCAACCCCCUUGGACCGGUGGGGGUUAUCCCGAUCUGCUCCCUAGAGACUCCCUGGCAACACUGAAGACACGCGGCACUCACGCAAACCCAAGAUGACGGGUGCUGCGCGCUCCUUCAAGUCAUCACAACUAUGUUCUGCACCUUGUGAAUGAAAAACCCGAAUGUGCCCAUGGCCUGCUGCCCCAAAGAGCCAGACAAGCACAAUGAGUCCUCAGACUGCGCCUAACAGGGAGGAGAGAGCUCCUGCUACAUCGGGGCCCGAAGAUAUAGGCCGAUACUCACAGCGAGAUGCACAGCCUGCUGGAUCAUGGGACCAUUGAGGGGAUCCCUGUUACCUAUACGGGACUUACCUGAUUGCCACACAGCAACCCAACAUCACCACGCAAGUGGACCGCUGAGCCUCGUGCUGGGACUUCUGUGUAGGGUCUGUACACGGCCCCUGCGGGACAGGGGGUUAAGUCCAAGGCUGGAUCAGGGUCUACCUCUUUCUGACAGGACAUCCUGGCAAUGCAUGUUGCCAACAAACCAGCUAUUGUGCUUAUUUUUAUUUCUAGCUUUUACUUUCUUUUCCGGGGCUUUCAUUCAUAGCCUGCUUGGGGAGCCUCUGAGGGGUCUUUACUCAAAGCUUGUCUGCCUAUACAGCUAGUCGCUGUCUACUCUAUGCAGCUGAUUCCCAGUGCAUAUAGCCUGCAUACAUACUACCCUACUGAUCUUCUCAUCUGCACUGUGUUCUUCUUGUCACUUUAAAUUGUAAUUAUUCAUUUAUAAUAGGCUUAUGAUGCUCAUGAAACAUAGUAUGUCUCCUUAAAGGAUCACUAUAGGGUCAGGAACACAAACAUGUAUUCCUGACCCUAUCGUGUUAAAACCACCAUCUAGCCCCCUGGGCCCCUCAUGCCUCCAUAAAUAAAACAAAAUCUUACUGUAUUCAAGCCAGAUGCUGUAGAUCUGCAUGCUGUUUGCCUAAAAAACAAACAAAAACAAAAAACAAGCAGUCUGCUGACAUCAGAAGUGGUAGCCUGAUCCAAUCACAGUGCUUCCCCAUAGGAUUGGCUGAGACUGACAAAGAGGCAGAUCAGGGGCAGAGCCAGCAUGAUUCAAACACAGCCCUGGUCAAUCAGCAUCUCCUCAUAGAGAUGAAUUAAAUCAAUGAAUCUCUGAGGAAAGUUCAGUGUCUGCAUGCAGAGGGAGGAGAUACUGAAUGUUUGGAUGCAUUUUAGGCAGCCAUGACCCAGGAAGGAUCUCUAGCAGCCAUCUGAGGAGUGGCCAGCGAAGUUAUCACUAGGCUGUAAUGUAAACACUGCAUUUUCUCUGAAAAGACAGUGUUUACAGCAAAAAGCCUAAAGGUAAUGAGUCUACUCACCAGAACAAAUUCAAUAAGCUGUAGUUGUUCUGGUGACUAUAGUGUCCGUUUAAUGUCUAUCUUAGACCGGUUAAAGGAUCACUAUAGUGUCAGAAAAACAAAGUGCCCUGAGGAUGCCCCCACCCUCAGGGUCCCCUUCAGCCAUUUACCUUAAUCCAGCACUGGGCUCCCUCGGCGCUGGUGACCUCUCCCCGUCCGUCACUGGAGCCGAAUGCGCAUACGCACAUUCAAAGUGUCCAUAGGAAAGCAUUUCUAGAUGCUUUCCUAUGGACACUCUGCGCGAUGGAGGAGAAAUUCGCAGAUGCGCCUUUAGUAGCUGUCCAGAAGACAGCCACUAGAGGCUGGAUUAACCCCAAAUGUAAACAUGGCAGUUUCUCUGAAACUGUAAUGUUUACACGUGAAGGGUUAAAACCUGAGGGACCUGGCACCCAGACCACUUUAUUGAGCUGAAGUGGUCUGGGUGACUAUAGUGUCCCUUUAACUCUGAAGCAUUAUCCAGACUAGUCAUGCUGCCAGAGUGUACUGACACUCAAUUGUGCACCUUAUUAAGUUAAUCUGCCUAUGUCCACCUUGACAUGCAUGCUGAUGUUAUUGCUUUUAACUCUGGUGAUUUAACGUUACACGCGUGUACCUAGCUUGCUUAUUCUCAUUUAAAAAAAUUUAAAAGUGCCAAUACUUUCAUGACAUAUGUGAAAUACCUUGUUUUAAUAGGCUUUGUACUAUGCUGUUGUGGCAUUGUCAUCUCUUAUGUUAUCUUGUGCACAAUAAAAAAAUAAAGACUUUAAAAAAAACAAACAAUUUUUUAGUCUGAUGUAUGGUUUGUAGAAUCUGUAUGUAGGUAAUAAAGUUAUAUUUUACCCAGUAAAUUUGAAGAUGAAUUAUUUUGUCACAUCUUUCUAUGGAAAGUCGCCUCUUUUUCUUUAGUUGUGGUGAUUCAGUUAAGACACUCACUGACAUAACUCACCCAUUGUUGUUAAUCAGUUUGGCUCAAAUGAUCAGCCCCCCUGAAUCCACUAGGAAACUCACAACACUUGCAUUAUGAUGUCACUACUCUCUCACAUUUCUCUAAGAAAUUCCUACUACUACCUGUAGGGGCACUGUUGUCAAUGUAUAAAUUUAGUUCAACUCUGGACCAUGUCAUUAAAUGACCUAUUUUCCUAGGAUUUCAAUCUUAUGUCUUUAAUGGCAAAAAUAAGUGAAUGCAUUUCUUCAGGCAUUAUAAACCAAUAAAUGUCCUUUUUCUUAAGGACAUAAAGAUAAAAUAGUUCAUAUUUUGUAACUUAACCCUUUUAUACUGAGGACACUCUCAAUAUAUAAAUGCAAUAGAACACUUGUGGAGUGGUUAUACCAUAGUAGUUGUAAACAAUAAAUCAUAGGUUAUACUAGCUAUGAUAUAUAUUGUACAGGGAAUAUUGUGUUAUGAUACAAAGAUAAAGCAAAAUAAAUGUAUGUUUUCUAUAUUCCUCUAACUCUUCUUAUAGAAUACUUUAGUUAAAAAAAAAUGGGAAUCUGUUGUUUGUCAGUAGAGAUAAUGCAUACUCAAUAUAUUUGUAACUUUGACUCCGUCAUUCCUCCUGUAUUUGAGGUGGUCUGUCCUCCCAGUUUGUCUUUUGGAAUCUGUGUUUGUAAAGUUUUUGUUGCAUUAUAAAUCUGAUUAUUAAUUAAUGAUUCAUAGUUCUCCCUUGAUAUGGUCAAUAUGCCCAACAUGUGCUUAAACCUCUCCUCAAGUCUUAGUGGGCAGCAACCAAAAAAAUACACCAUAACUGAUGGAACAGGGACAUAACAGUCUGCACUGUGGAUUAAACCCAUAAAAGUAAUAGAAAUCCCCAAGCUUCAAAAUACACGUUAGUCAGAGGUGAUCGCCAGAUGUUGUAGAACUACAACUCCCAUGAAGCUUUGUAUGCCUUUGAAAAUACCUUUAGAAUGGCAUCUGGGGAUCUACCUUUUGGGCACCCCUAAAGUAAGUGAUAUAGAUACGUGAGGUAUAAUAUAUACAUGUCCACACCAGCAAAUAGCCUAAAAAAUUAGUGAUAAUCAUACAGAAAUUAUUUGAAAUGUAUUACCUGAUUGGUAACUGAUUACUCAAUUUGAAACUAAAAUAUGUCUCUACUACAGGAAGACAUUGCUUCUUCAACUGUAGGUCGACAACUGUAUUCCCAUUUUUGUGCAAUUGAUGUGUUAGCUACCAUAAGUGUAUGACGAGCCAAAGUAUUCCGGUGACCUGUUAUGUCAGGCAGUAAACUGUAUAGCAAUAGAGCUAUUCCAGGAGAGGUUGGGACCCUAAUACCAGUAGCCGCUUCAAUUAAGUGAUGGGUGUCAUUCCAAUAUGAUUGUAGCUGAGGACAGGAGAAAAAUGUGGAGGAUAUCUCUGCAGGAAUGCUUGCAUCUCCAUCAGGUUGAGUCCUAAAGAUAAAUGUGUUUUUAGCCUGGCAAGGUUGAAGUACCAUCUAAGGAUGCUCACUUCAAAAUGACUGAAACAUUUAAAGGUCUUCAUUUUGUUUACUGCUGUAUGCCUAUCUUCCAAGAGAAUUUUGGAAAGUCUUUUUCACAUGUAUUUGCUAUGUAUCCAAGUUUUCCUUUAGAGGUGGUGUGGAGUAACGGUUUAUAGCAUGCAGAAAAAGGUUUACAGUGGGACUUGCAGUUGAAGGCUAUAUGUUUAAAUUUGUUAAGUUGAGCAUAUUUUUUUGUGGCUACCUUCUGGCCUCAAGAAACGUUUUAUCCUCGUGAUGGUAAAGAAUUUGGGGGAAGAGUAUAAUGUUGCAAUAUUUCUGGGAACGAAAUGACUACCAUUUCAGAAUAAAGCUGGUAUACUUUCAUAAUGCCUGAUUUUUGCCAGGUUGAAAUCUGAAGGUCUAUAGUGAAGUAUUUGAGCUUAGUCAGUGGAGUGGUUUCAAGGUCAUUGUUUGUGGAGGGGGGUGAGGGGUGUUUUUAUUUUUAAAUUUUUCCCUCCAUUGGAAGUAAUUAGUCAUAUUGAAAUAUGAAACUGUAUGUAGGGAAUGAAAAUGUCAGUGCACAAUUAUGCUAAAUAAUUAAUUGUGAAAUAAUUGGCAAAAUUAAAGGCAAACACUGUGAUAAGUUUAUAAUUGUGUUUUCAUGUAACCAAACAUUGCACCUUAACCCAAGUGAUACACUGGUAAAGGUGUACAAUUUACUGUAAUGGUAGUUAGUGGUUCAUGCCACCUACACUACUGUGUUUUGUAGUUAUUCCAAGACUGAUUUACUGUUUAGUGUGUAAAACUAGAAGAAAGGGGCAAUAUACUUCUUCCUUAUUUCCCUAACAUUGUGUGUGUGUAUGUGUGUGUGGCAAAUGUUCUCGUUUUUAUCGUGUUAAUUGAAGAAGCACUGCAGGUGCUCUCAUGUAAGUACAGCCACUAGAAGCACUUCUGCUGAAAUAGCCUAAUAAAACUCCACUAUUUCCUUUAGAAGAUUUACUUACAAAGAACAUUUGGUUUGUGCCACACAUACAAACUAGCCUCAAUGUUUUCCUAUGGGAAACCAUUGGAUUGGCUGUUUAUCAAGAUUGAUCUCACCCAGGAGGCAGAGAGCACCGUGUCGAGGAAGAAAAGAUGUUUUGUUAUUUGUAAACAUUUUUUUUCUUUUUCUUUUUUUUUUUUUUUACAAAUGUGUGAACUUUAUUACCUGGCUUGGUGAGAGUGAAUUUUAGAUGCAGCAAAUGUAGGAACUUCACUUGUGGUUUUGGUUUCCUGUUUUUAUUACUUUGAAAAUCUUUUUUUUUUUCUCAAACAAACUCCAUUAUGACAUGAUAUAGCUGGAGUGUUGUCAUAUAAAGAGACUGCCUAACUCUUUGUUAUGGGGUUGAAAAUGAAUUCAUCCACUUCAGCCUGGAGUGUCCCAUUUAAAAGUAGUAAAUUCAUUGUGGAACAGGAUAUUAUUUAUUUAAAAAUGAAAACCUAAAUAUUUUUAAGCAGUAUUACCUUUGUUGAAAAGUGCAUCAUAUUGCUUCAUAUUUUUUAACCAAUAGUGAAUCAUGUAUGGAUAUUUUACAUCUGAUAUUUUGGUGUAAUAAGUUUUGUUGUGUUUUUCAGAUAAAGCUUUUAAGGUAAAGGGGAUCAUCACAAAGCAGUUCGGAGAAAACCUCUGCUCCAUUCUCUGUCUGAACAAUGACUUCUCUUGGGAUUCAUGUUAUUUAAAUUGAGUAUUUCUUUGAUGGACUUCACUCACUUCAGAUCAGUGAUCUUAGAGGACGAUGCCCUCAGUCUACAAAACAUCUACAUCCCCGAAUAAAAGAGAAAAUGGGGGAAGUAUUAAAAAUAAAUACAAAAAUAUAUAAAUAUAUAUAAAUAUAUUUUUAGUCUGAAAAGACUUUGAAAGGAAAGGCGCGAAAUCUCUUUUUAUGGUUGAGCUGAAAUCUCAUUUAAAAAUAAAUAAAACAAAACAUGUUAAAGAAGGAAAAAAAGACUUGAGAUGAUUUUAGAAGAUUAUUUUGUUCACUCUUGACCAUUGCUCAGUGUACUGUGGGACUUGUGGAACUGAAUGCGGAAAAGAAGCCUUUAUACACAGCCUGUGUAUAUCCUCUAGUGUUCUAUCGUGUGACAAAACUUCUGACCUGCAUAAGUUGCAAAAUGUAACUGCAUUUCAUGUAAACUCUUAUUACAUAAAACAAUCUGGUUGGAGCCUCAUAUGCAAAUCUAUGAAGUGCAGUUGGACACAAGUAUUGUUUCCUUUUUGCUUCACAGCUGUACAUUGAUAUUUUUUUUUUUUUCUACAAUGGGAAAUGACUGAAUCAAGACUGUUUUAAUAGCUGAAAUGUAUUGUAAAGACGUUGGUCAAAAGAGGACAUUUCUUCUGUUUUUUUUCUUCUAUUUUUUUGUUUUUAAAGUUAUAUAAACCUUUUAAUGGCUAUAUAUUUUAUUUUAAUAUUUCUUGUACCUUAGUCCACAUGAACAAAUAAUUGAGCGAGGGGCAGUGAGGGUGCCUUUCCUUGCGCAUUUCACUUCAACCAUAAAAAAAUUAAAGUUUGGUGGUUCACAAGGGUUUUUGUUUUUGUUUUUUUGUUUAAUUUUUUUUGUUUUGUUUUUUAAGAAAAAGUUUUAAAAAAAUAAAGAAUUAAAAAGAUA